AUGGUUUGCUUGAGAGGAAUUGAGUCUAUUGGUGGUGGUUGUGGUGGGUUGUUUGUUUUGGUUGGUCUUUGCGUUACAGCAGGCUACUGUUUGGGGGUUACCACGACGAUAACCAGGACAAGGGGAUCUCAUGUGAGAAAGAUCAAGAAGAAGCAGGAGGAGGUUGGACAAGAAGAAGAAGAUGAUGGUGAAUAUGAGGAUGAGGAGGAUGAGGAGGAUGAGGAGGAAUACUCUGACUACGAGAUCGAUUCUUUAUCUUUGAAUGAUGUCCCUGGCGAAGUCAGAAUGGCUUUGGUUAUUAGACAAGAUUUGGGAAUGACAAAGGGGAAAAUUGCAGCUCAGUGUUGUCAUGCUGCUUUGUCUUGUUUCAGAAUGAUAGCAGUAGAUCCUAAAAAGACUUCUUAUAAUCCUAUCAUGACAAACAGAUGGCUCCAUCACGGCCAGGCUAAGAUCACCUUGAAGUGUCCAGAUAAAGAAACCAUGGAUGAGUUGUACGCCAAGGCUAUCUCGUUGGACGUCAAUGCUUGUGUUAUCCACGAUGCUGGGAGAACCCAGAUCGCUGCAGGUAGCGCUACUGUUUUAGGUUUGGGUCCUGCUCCAAAGGCUGUCCUCGAUCAAAUCACAGGCGACUUGAAAUUGUACUAA